AUGGCUACGAAGCAUGUUAAAAGAACGACAACAACGACUUAUUCGGGCGGAGAAGGACCAAGUUCUAGCGGUUAUAGUUCGUCCAGUCGACGUUCUGGUAGACAACCCUCUCCGGCAAGACUGUCGCGUAUGCAAGAACAAGAAGAACUUCAAGGAUUGAACGAUCGUUUGGCUGCUUACAUAGAUAAAGUGAGAAGUCUGGAGGCGGAAAAUAGUCGCCUUUCAUCGCAGGUAAAAUCCACGGAAGAGCUUAUAAGAAGAGAGGUGACCACUGUUAAAAAUCUGUAUGAAUCAGAACUUUCUGAACUUAGAAAAUUGCUAGACGAGACCGCUAAAGAGAAAGCUCGUUUACAGAUUGAAGCGAACAAGUACAAAGCAGAGUAUGAGGAUUUGCUGGGCAAAUUCAACAGACGUGACCGUGAAGCUGCCGGUCUUGAAAGGCGUGUGCAGAUCUUGGAAAGACAACUGGCUGAAACUCAGUCUAGGGAACUGGAGAAAGAGAAUCAAAAUUUGAAGAAUGAAUUGAACAGACUAGAAGGUCUCCUGGCUGCUGUCAAGAAACAACUGGAAGAUGAAACUCUGUUGAGAGUUGACUUGGAGAACAGAGUGAAGACCCUUAAGGAAGACCUUCAUUUUAGGAGCCAGGUCUAUGAGCAGGAGUUGGAAGAAUCCCGUAUCCGAACAACCACUCAGCUGGAAGACGUUGAUGGCAGGAUUGAGCAAGAGUAUGAAGCUCGCCUCCAGGAUGCCCUGCGUGAAAUUCGAGCUCAGCAUGAGUAUGACUUGCAGUCUGUUAAAGUAGAGCUGGAAACACUGUAUGAGAAUAAGAUUGAAGAUUUGAGAGCACAGGCUGCCAGGAGCACCUCGUCAUCAAGUGCAGCUUGGGAAGAACUAACACUGGCUCGUAAAUCUAUAGAUGACCUGCAAUCAGAGCUCAGCAAACUGAGAUCAGAGCAUGCAGGCUAUGAAGAUCGCAUUCACGACCUGGAGAGGCAGUUAGCUAGAGAGCGUGACGAUUUCCGCAGUCGGUUAAACCAGCGUGAUAUUGAGAUAGCACACCUCAGGGCUCAGGUGGAAGAUCUGGAGAUAGAGUAUGCCAACCUUCUGGAAAUCAAGAUUAAGCUGGACAGAGAGAUAGAAGCUUACAGAAAGUUGCUGGAGUGUGAGGAAUCUAGGUUGAAUUUAUCGACGUCUACUUCCGAAAGACCAUCUCCAGCUACUGGUUCAUCAAGCGGGGGAAAGAAGAGACGUCGUGGAGAUCUUGCUCAUGAUGUAGAAGAGUACACUCAACGUAGCUCUUCUAGUGGCUUCAGUCGUUCGGCUACAUCUUCUUGUGGUGUGGAAAUAUCAGAAGUGGAUGCGGAUGGGAAGUUUAUCAAACUGACAAAUACCACAGAUAAGGAUAUACCACUCAAUCAGUGGCAGGUCAGACAUGUUGCAGGGGAGAACGAAACGAGGCACAAGUUUGGCAAAAAUAUUAUCAAAGCAGGACAGUCUUUAACACUUUGGAGUUCAGAUUCUGACCAGAUACACAACCCUCCACAUGACCUGGUGUUGAAGGGAAAGAAAUGGUUUGUAAGCAGUGAAAUGACCACUUCUCUGCUGGAUCAAGAUGAGGCCGAAGUAGCAACUUGUACAAUGACCAAGAACAUCAAGAGUGUCUCCUCUUACAGCCAGAGGCGUUCAGGCCUAAGGCAUUUUGAUAUAGACUCGGCAGAGCUGCAAGACAAAGACAAGUGCCAUGUCAUGUAG